UAUUAUACCUACCUACCUUAAGUAUUUUAUUUCGUAAUCAUAUCGUAGUCAAGUCAUCAAAUUGAGUUUAUUUUGUUGCAAAAUGAAUAUUUUGCACCCGUAAUAAGUUACAUAUUAUUCCAUUCAUUUUUGAAGCACCAAGUUCAAAAGUUGAAAUUACAGUUCCCAAUUUUCUUAUUAUUAUUGAAGAAAUGAGUAAAGCUGCUGAAAUUGUGCUGGAGUCGACGGCUAAAACCAAUGGAAAGUUAAAUGAAGACACAGAACGUAAAACUUGGGUUAAAUUCGAUGAUGAUACUUCGCAUAAUGUAGAAACUUCCAGGAAUAUCACAGCAACAACAAAUAACAUUGAUACAAUACCGUCCUCAAGCACGGACACUCCUGCAGUUUUAAAAACAGAAUCUGUGCAUAUUAAUAUCGAUAAAAACGACAAACACCUCGACUCCACUAAUAAUACUGAUAUAAAACAUGUUGAAAUUGUAUUACGUUCAGGAUUCACAAAUGGAGACAUAAUAGUUACCUUGUUACCUGUCAAUACUAAAUUACCAUGGAUCACAGCAGCUCAAUUUAGGCCUGAACUUGUGCCUGAAGAGUUGAUGGCUCAAGGACUAACUUUAACCGUAGAAGAAUAUGUCCAUGCAAUGGAAUUAUUGGUCAAUGAUGCCAGAUUCACACUCUACAACAUAUGUUAUAAGAGAGUACUUGUUUGUUGGAUAACAAUUGCAUUUGCAGUGCUCCUUUCUCUGCUAUUCUCCGGAAUAACAGGUUUAACCUUAUUUGCACUUGGAGUGUUGUGGCUGAUUGUAAAUGCUAGUGCAAUUUUUCUGUGCAUGUGGAUAAAGCUAAGAUUGUCAAAAGGGUUAGAACAAUGUUUAGCAAGUGUUAAUAAAUUGCUUGUUAAACAUAAGUUGAUCCUCGCUUUGGAUGAUAGAGGCAAAAUGUCAUGUCAUAAAGUGCAUCUGUGCUUCCUAUAUUUUGACUCGGCUCCAUGUAUAGCUCAUUUGCAACAAUUUAUUGAAAGUGAGGAGGGGAAAACUAUAACACAGGGCUGGGAAAAGAGGCUAGAUGUACAAGCUAAUGAUAUUGUUAUAAGAGGAAGUCAAACCACAAGAUUAUCUAGAAAACAGGAGCGAGGUGCACUUCUUUAUUUAAGAUAUGCAGGUCGGUGGGGAAAGUGUGCAGUACGAAGUAAGCUUAAUAUUGAUAACAUUACACCUGGACGACAUGGUGAAAAAUUUGUUUGUCUCUGUCAAUUUAUAGAAGAGCACCUUAAAACAAAACCACCCAGAGGUUUAGUUAAGUAUUUUUCUUUACCCAAUCAAAGUAUUCAAUUGUAUUAAUUUGAUCACACUUUAGUAUCCGUCCGUACUCCAUAAUAUUUCCGUCUUCAUUUUUAUACCUAUUAGUCAGUGAAGACAAUGAUAAUAAUUAAUUUUAAGAAGAAUUACCUAAUAUAUAUAAAUAUUUGCAGUAAUUUAAAGAUAUAAUUAUUUUAUGAUACUAUUUAUUAUUAAAAUACAUGAUUUUAUUUUCGGAACGAAAUUAUCUUACAAGGGGGCCAUUUAAAAUUUAUUAUUAUAAGAAUAAAUACAAUUCAACUUUUAAGUAUUAAUAUAGUUUAUUUUGAACUGAUGCCAUAAUCUAUUUUUUUUUUUCUAGUUUGUCAAUACCAAACAAAAUUUAUAUAUAAGAGUCAGUAGGUUUUGUAUUAACAUAUAACUUUACUACAAACAAAAAUAGAGUACAUUCUCAAAUUCUAUAUUGACUAAUAUAUUUAAGUAUGUUCUCAGAUUAUUUUGGACAUAUGGAACCAAUUCAUUUUGUUGAUAAUUAUUACAAAAUACAGAUUACCUAUAAGUCUGACCCAACAGACAUUGUUAUGUUAAUAAUAAAAAUAUCUCUUGCGGAUGGAAUAUCCUAAAAUCCUUUCUUAGCUGAUGUGCACUCGGUGGAAUGAAUAUUCCUCCAAUUUCAAGUCUCAGCACCUUACAGUACCAGAGGUGUUGUGAUAAGUCAAUACAUAGGUGGAAAUCUCUUAUAUAUAUAUAUAUAUAUAUAGAUGAACUAGGCUACUAUUUUGGAUUAUAUUGUAGCUAAAAUUGGCUUUUAUUUUAAUUAGGUUCGCUGAAAUUUGGUUUAUGCAAUUUAUUGAUUAUCAAAUUGACAGACUAAUGUCUUAACCGAGUUCCACUGUAUUUGUUUAUGAACCUUUUAUAUAUCAACUGUGCGAAAUAUUUAAAUUCAAAUAAAUAUAUUAAUAUUACAAAUAAAAUGUCACGAAAAAAAUCGCACUCACUAGAAAUAUUUUCAUCAACAAACUGCAAUUAAUGCUAACAAUUAAAUGUAUCAGAGGCAAGUUGUCAUGAAUGAAAAUAAGUUUCUUAGCAUUGAAAUAAACCAAUUUAAAACUAUCAUAGCCUCUGAGAAUAUUUUUGCAAACUCUGUCAGCUUUAGAUAUAGAUUUAGUUUAGCUCUUAUUGGCCACCAAUUGAAGUUAUGCGGCCUUAUACAUAAAAUUGGCAUAAAGUUAUAACUAAGCAUAAACCAAGAAUAUGUAAAAUGUUUACAAAUAGACAUUUUGCUUACGAAUGGUUUGUUCGGACGUAUAACGUUUCCCGCGUUUAUUUGCAAGGCAGCUUGUCAUUGUCAUGUCAGAAUAAUUAUUGUAUUGACAGUGUUGUCAACGAUAAUGUAAACAUUUUGCAUUUUCUUUGUUUAUCAUCAGUUAUAACUUUAUACUAAGCUUAUUUGUAAGGCCGUUAGUGUAUUUGUUCUAGCCAUUUGAAGAUAAUCAUAUGUUUCGGUUUGCAAUAGAACUGUUCCUUUCCACAUCCUCAUCUUUCUGUAUUUUCUGUUUCAACUUCCUACAAGAGGAACUGCUUUUUCCAUAAGUCUGAAAGCCGACUCGUUCAACAAGUGAUAAUGUAAAAAAUUUGUUAGUUUUUGAAGUGGUAACCCUCACUGUUUAGAUUUGCAAGAUCGAAAUCUCAAGUCAAUUUCCUAAUAAUAUGCAAAUAUUGGGAUUGAGCAGGCUAUCAACUGUAAAGUAGAUCAUGUAGAUGGAGUCACAACCUGAGAGUUGAACAAGACAUACCAAGAUUUAUGAACGAUACGUCACUCGAAUGGUUGGCUCAGUGGAAGAGCGCUCGCACGGAACGUGAGAGGUCGCGGGUUAGAGACCCGCAUCGUUCAUAAGUUUUGUUUUCAAAUUUAAUUAGUCUUCUUAAACUAGUAACUUAGUCUUCUCCCUUCUUAUGGGAAAUUAUGAUUCAAAUUCUUACAUAUACCCAAAAAAUGCAAAGAAGUAUGCAAUCCCUAACGUAAAAUCACACCACUCUCUAUAAUUUACUGUAAUUUUUAGUUAGUUUUUAUGCACCUUAUCUAUUUUAAUAAUUUUGUUAAUUUUUUCUAAAAAUAAGUACCGAUAUCAUCUGAGUAUUAAGGCAUAUUAAUGAGAUUAAUAAUUGUCAUAUUAUUGUUUCUAUCUCUUGUAUUAUUUAUUCAAAAUUAUCAAUUUAUAUUUGCAUUUUAAUUUACUUAUAAUCAUCAUAUACUCCAUAUUAUGAGGGUUCAAUUUUAUUUUUUAUUGCCUCUGACAUUUACCCCCUUAUUCAUAAUGGUCCGCUAACUUUAAACAGCCGCUAAGGAGUGUUUUUUCUCAUCCUGACUUAGGUCAAUAGAAGAAGACAAAGCGAGAAUUAGCAAUGCUUUAAAUUAGCAGACUAUUAUGAAUAAGGGGGUUACUCUCGGUUUUGGUUUUUCAGUCAUUCAACUUGUUAAUAUUUUGCUCUAUAGUAAAAAUACCUCUAAGUCUAAGUAAAAAAAUAAUUUUUAAAGUGGACUGAUGUCAAAUAAUUAUGAGCGUCUUUUAUAAAGUCAUCUUACAAUUAUUCGAGACAUGGGCUCUAAGGUAAAUCUUUUGCUUUCGUAGAUAAUAAGUUCGGGUUCUUUUCGACACACUUUAAUCCCCUUUUUAGUAAGAAUUAGUACGUGGACGGCCAGAUAUACUGUCAACCCGGGACACCAAUCUAAAAUUUCGUGUCUUUUUCGCAUUUCAUAUCUAAGAAAGUACCUUCUUUGCAUAAGGCUUUGACAUCAAUUGAGUUCUCCGUAUCAAACUGCGCCAUUUUAAUAUCACAAGAAUAUUAAAACACAGAUAGGCGCGAAAUUGAGACACAUAGGUAGUAAUGAAUAUUCAUGUGUAUGAGUGACAAGUUCAAAUGUUAUAUUGUUUUUUCAUUGGUUUAAUUUGUUGGUCUGAUUAUUUAAACAUAAAAAAAUACUUAUAAGUAUAUCGUUUCAUAACCAUUCGUAAGUAGAUCGCUUGUUAUAAUUAUAAGUAUGUUAUUUUAACCAUAUGUUAUUAGAAUUGUUGACGGCUAAAUGCUUAGGUUUAUUUGUACUUUGUCUUGAUCUGGGUCCAAAAUGUAACAUUUUUAUUUCAAUCUAUAAAGAUAUAAAUAUGAAAUAUCAUGAAUUAUGAAUAAUACGCACAAUUGAAUCAAAUUAGGAUUUAAUAUUCUAAAUAAAACUAUAUUCUAAUAACUUUGUUGUUGUGAGAUCUUUUAAAUAAUGAAUUUAUACGAUAAAAUAUACUUUAUGAUAUUUUUGAUUACUUACACAUUUUUCAAGCCGACAAUAUGGGUGUGUGCCACCUUAUAACGUUUAUAGAAUUAAGUUUAACGGGACAGAUGGUAUGACUUUAAUACAUUUUUUCCUUUUAGUCACUUUCGUACGCUAAUAUAUUUUUAUUAAGGUCAGUUAACUGCAGCUGGUCCAACACAUCUGUUAUUGCUCUAUGCGAUUGUAAUGUUCUGCUAAAAAUGCUCGUGGAGUUCCGCUUGCACAUCCUGAAAAACCGUCUGUUUAUCUCACUCACCGCCGAGCUUAUUAAUGUCAAUCGUAAUUUCUUACGUACCGCCGAACCAUCGAACGCGGACCAUAUUCGAUGGUGGGUCGCAUUGUCUAUCGCACAAAUUUACUAUUAUUAUCUACACCCAUGCUUUAAAUCCUCUAUUAAAGAUUCUGAAACAGUUAGCUUAUUGCCAACAUUAAAACACCCAAUGUUCUAAUAACUAGUGUUGUAAUGUUGUACUGAAUUUUUGCUCGAUGCUUGGUAUCUGUAUGAAUUUCAAAAAAAGAACAUUUUAAGUUUACGCGCGUUCCACACUACCAGAACGUCGUGCGCCGUAAAAAAAAGUAGGUUAUUCGAAUCCCCGCCAUUUUUGUCCGAUAUUUUAUUGUUUUGUUUACAAAAAAUGAACGAUUCAUUUUAAACGCUGCAAAAGAACAUAAUAUUCAAGUGAAUUUUAAUUAUUGCACAAUACAAAAUGUAAAUUACUACUAACAUAAAUAAUUCUUUCAUUCAUAAGUACUUAGUUUAUUUGUAGUAAUUGAUGAUAUUAGGUUACUACUAGGACUGGCUGUUUUAAUGUUAGCAGUAAGCUAACAGUUUCAGAAUCUUUUAGAGGAUUCAUAUUCUGGAGUGUAGAUAAAGUCUUGUAUGCAACUGUUGAUAAUUAGGUAUUAAAACACUCACGUGAUACUAUUAUCACUCUCGGCUUCGUCUCGUGAGAUAAAUCCACAUUCGUGUUUUAAUACCCCUUAUUACACAACAGUUGCAUAAAUAACUAUUACCAUCCGGGCCGAUAAGCGCGAGGCGUUCACCCAGGCUAACAGGACCGUCCGUACUAAAUUCGAACAUAUGUUUAGUCUAUAAGAACAAACCAUCGUAUAGACUUGACAGCACAUUAACGCGUGACCAAUUUUGAUUUGUCUAUGUGUGCGUUAGCAGUGAUAUAAGUAUACAACACUGACCUGUAUAAAUAUCCAGAGAACUAGUUUUGACGUAUAAUACAAAAGUGUGCGAGAGAAGUGUACAUAUUCUGAAGUUUUUUUUUGAUGUAGAAUAAAGGAGACGGAUACCCUUUCAUACAUAAUUGGUGUUAAUAAAUAGCUUAUAAAUUUAAAAAGCAUCACUGAGAAUCUGAGGAUUAUUGGCAAUCUGAAAGCAGACUCAUAGGAGGUUUUGUAAAAUUGAGGUUAAGCAAUAUAUGGGCAACAAUCAAUAUUAAAACAGCUGAUUUUUGAAAUGCUAUUGUUUUUUUGUUGUACGAUAAUGAUCGUACAAGUUAAAAUAUCAGAAGUCAAAUAGAAAGAAGGAAAAUAUCAAACAACGGGAAACACUCAAAUGACAAAUCGCGUAGGUACGCACAAACAGAUUCUAGACAAUUCUGUAGCUGUCAGCACAGAUAAAAAAUACAGAACGAGAUUCAUAAUCGACUUUUUCUUCGAUCGAUUCUUUGUAUGUAAUAUAUUACAAUAAUUAAAUUAACAAUAAUUCUCAGUGACUUUAUUCAUUUAACGUAUAACUUAUUGUUUUAUGUCACAUUUACGUUAUAACAAAACUAAAAUGACAGAUGAGCAAAACUCAUUAGGUUUUUUACCUGUAUUGUAGGUAUUAAGACCACUGACCUCUACUAUAUAGGUACCACUGGUCUGGAUGGCGGCUGUCAAAGCGCUUUUGUGCCUGUUUGAUAUUCGCUAUUUUGGCGCUAUUGGCCAUUUAACGAGAGUCUGUGGUACUAAAACUAGUGAAGACAACCUCAGCAAACAUCGAUAGAUGGUGGGAAACUAUUUACAAAAAAAUGUGUUCUUUAUUAAGUUGAUUCUUGAAGUAAAAAUAACACGGAAAACGAACGAAAUUAAUUCAAACUACAAUAAUACUUCAGAUUAUUGUACGUUGCUUCGCAGUCAUUUGUAUUAAACUUCAAAAUUAGUUCUCUGAACGCUCGCGAGCGGCACUACAAAAAGGCACAAAAAAUUGCUGCCAAACAUAUGGAACAGCCUGUCCAGUGGUAUUUAUACAGGUCACUGAUUAGGACUCUUUUUCACAUGCAUAAGGCCACGGCGAGGUUUCCACUCCUCGAGCUAUAGUGAGAUUUUAGAUUGUGCGGCGACCUUAUUGCAGAAUGUGUGGAGAAAUUACGUUGCUUUGUUUUUUUUUUUAUGUUCCAUUUAAUAAUUAAAAAAGCGGCGUCAUUAGCCUCAUAUAUUGAUAAUAAUAAAUCCGGCGUCACUGCCGCCACGAGCGACCGCUGCCAUAAAAUAGAUAAAGCAUUGAUGGUUUGACGAAGUGUCUCCGCUUCUAAUGAAUUUUAUCGAACUUACCUUAAGCGCGUCUUAUGACAGAUUGCCGUUGUCACAUCGUUUGUUAACCUUUUUAAAAUGUUAUGGAAAAAUAAAAAACGGUAAACGAAACGUAAUGAUGCAGAAAUUUAUUAAUUUAUCACUAUUUAUUUAACAUGUAUACUGAAAACUCUGUAUUCUAUCUGUAAGUAAAUUUUUAACACAUGAAAAUUGUACUUCUUAUGUAUAACUACAAAAAAUAAUUAAUAAGAAUAUCAGUAUUGUUCUAAUGUCAGUAUAAGUAUUGGUGGUUAGCGUAAAACAUGUGACAUUUUGUACAAAAUAUAAAAAAAAAUUACAAAUAAAUAUUUAUUACGUUAGCCAAAGCGCAUCUAAGUCGGCCAUUAUCCCUAUUGUAUUUGUUACCUUUGUUUUAAACUUAAGUACUAAUAACUUUAUAUUGCUUCAUUAAGACAUAAGUACUAAGUAUUUUACUAAUCAUAAUUAUGAAGUUGUGAGAUAUAUUUAAAAUAUUUAAUAAAAAUUUGUGAUGUACAUACAUUCCGUCCUUAAAUGUACUUAUACACGUUAUAAAUAAUAUUGAAUAAAUAUUUGUAUUACAAUAA